CCUCGAGGCGACCCCUAAAACAUCUCCGCCCUUCUUCAAUGUUUCUUCAUGAUGAUUAUCUAAAAAAGAAGUUGGCAAGGCAGAUUAUUUUUAAUACUUUCUCAAACCUGUUCUGCUAGGAACGUCCUAGUUGGAAAGACAUAUCUUUGCAAGCGGCAGUUGCCUCCUUGCUUGGCUCUACAACAACUUGCCGUCCCUUUUAAGCGGCGACUUACACCCACCAACACACAUCUCUCAACUUGACCUUUUUUGUCCUCCAUCAUCCAAAGCAUCUUUCUUGCAGCGCAAGUUUUUUUUUUCCGAGUUGUCUGGCGCUACACCGAAAAAAAGAAAAAAAAAUCUCAACAAAGCAAAACAAACUUUUCAUCAAAAUGUCGAUCCGCAACACCUGGAACCGCAUGAUGCGGAGGACAUCCACAGGCUCAACCACAUCGUCCAGCUCCUCCAACUCAGAUUCCAUGUCGCCCGCCUCGACGGCACCAUCGUCGCCGGGCUGGGGCCCCAGCGCGACGUUCUCGUGGCUGGUUCCGAGCAGCAGCAAGAGCAGCAACGGCAGCAGCGGCUUGUCCUCGCCUACGUCAGCACCCGUGGUAGCGACGCAGCCUCUACCCCACAGCAAGAGCGACAAGGAGAAGAAGAAGUCGAAAAAGUCCUACUACUCGUCAACCUCAUCCUCGGCCCACAAGAAGCGGGUGCACCCGUCCGAGAGGCCGCUCACCAAGGAGAACCUCCGGCACCAGGAGCUGUUUGCCAACUUCAGCUUUGCUGAGCCCGGCGGCAGCAGCUGCAACAGGGGAUUCAGCUCGCGACACUCUUACGAGAGCGGCAUCAGCCCUUGCAGCUCGAGGCGGAACAGCUUUGCAUACGCUUGAAACUGGCACGCGCGCAUAUAUUUUUUUCUACAAAAAACACAUUGUCUGUUGGGGAUAACAAUACGUCAUUGUUUUCCUUUUCCUUUCUUUUUUUUUCUCCUUUGUCUCAUUUCUUUUGUUACUUGUAAACCUGGACGGUUGGAACGGGUGGCAUAUCUUGGGCUGGUCUCCUGGGUUGGAGAAUUGGCGUUGGGGAAACGGUGUGGCAAAAAAUCUAUUUUAUUUUGUUUAUUUUAUUUUUAUUUUUCCCUCUUCCCCUUUGUUUAAUCGAUGCCGGAUUGGGAGCGUUUUUUGUUAUUUCCGGGCUUUUCUUUUUUUUUCACUUUUUCAUCGCAGGGGUGGCGUAAUUCACAAGCAUUGGGCGGUACCAUGCGGGGAAAAACAGGGUGUCAUCACACACCCAACUCCUACGAAUCCCCUCAUUCAGGGGACUUAGUUGACUUUGUAAUAUCUUGGAUGACUUAAAUUACAACAGACUUGUUCAAUGAUGGGGUUGACGGCGACAUUUAUAUGCGUCGUGGAUAAGGACAUAGAAUGGCGUUGGAAGCAGCAGCAAAAUAUAGCAGCAGAGAAGAAUUGAUAAAUAUUAAACAAUGACCAAAAUGGGUUUGCCUGAUCGUCGUGUUAGUUAGCCGGUGGAUCUAGG